GUAAUAUUUGAAAUUACAGAAAAGGCUUAUUACUAAAAUGAACAUGAAGAGGAAGCGAGAGGAUAUGGAGAUAGUGUGGCAAACUCCCGCCAACCCACCCGAACGCCAUGACUACAUCUUCCGCAAUGGAAUACGCUAUGUCAGACCUUACUACUUCGAAUUCAUUUCUCAUGUGAAAGCCCGGUGGGCUGGGAAGACAAUUGUUGAUCUCUUCUCUGAAGAAUUUAAAGGGAGACCUCGUGAUUACUAUGAAUCUGCUGUUAAAUCUGGACGUAUACAAGUUGAUGGACAAAAGGUGCAUGUUUCAUAUGUAGUUCAGUCAUCACAAAAGAUUAGCCAUUUCUUGCACAGGCAUGAACCACCAGUGAUGUCGUGGGAUGUCGAAAUACUAUGUGAAGAACCAGAUGUGCUGACAGUUUGUAAGCCUGCUUCUGUUCCAGUUCAUCCAUGUGGACAAUACCGCAAGAAUACAGUUGUUGGUAUACUACAAGCUGAGUAUGACUUGGCACCUUUGUUUCCGGUUCAUCGCCUAGAUCGCUUGGUCUCAGGACUACUUAUCUUGGCUAGAAGUGCUUCUAGGGCUGACCUCUUCAGGCAACAGAUAGAAUCAGGAAUGGUGCAGAAGCAGUAUAUUGCGAGAGUGAUCGGAGUAUUCCCAGAUAAGCAGCAAGUUGUGAAUGCUAAUGUCAAUUACAAUGCUCGAGAAGGAAGAAGCACAGUUGAGGUGGGGGAUGGCCAGGGAAAUAGUACUGCUUCGCUGAAGGGAAAGACUGCCUGUACCAAAUUUACAAGGAUGAGUACCAAUGGGAAGCACAGCAUCGUUCUGUGUGAACCAGUGACUGGCAGGACACAUCAGAUACGUGUUCAUCUGCAAUAUACAGGACAUCCUAUAGCCAAUGAUAUGCUCUACCUGUCUGAACUUGUGUCUAAUCGUUCUGCUGAAGGAUUGAGUGCGGAUAGAGCUGCAGCUAAAUCAUGUUCUCCUCCAGAGCCCAUCUCUCUUGAAAAUGACACUAAUGACACGGCAAAUGACUCCAAUGAAGAUUUCAGCAUUGAUCCUGUGUGUACAAAUUGUCCAAAUCUUGCUCCGAAAGGGUAUGAGGGAAAUGAAGAGGGUCUAUGGCUGCAUUGUGUAAAAUAUUCCGGACCGGGCUGGAUAUAUGAAUGUCCACUUCCAGAUUGGGCAUCCCUAAGUUGAUAUGCUCUUUUAACAUUCAUUAUACGUCUGAUUUCAGAACUGUGUUAUGCUUUUGGUGCUCCGCCUCUUGUGCUUUGUUCAUUCUUGUGCAGCUGGAUGACAUGCGUCCUGGUAAAUUCCUGGAGUGCUGCGAAUGUGAUUGGGGAGGCACCCAUGUGGUGUUUUAGGUCUUCGUAUGAUGCAUGGUGUACCUUGAAUUUGGAUUUAUGGGAAGUUAGCUUUGGAUAACUUUCGAUCCCAACUGGUUUAUGAACAAGUGUUUUGCAGCAAUUGUUCCAGAAACAAUUUGUGGAAGUCGCCUGUGUUUGGCAGAGAUGAUUUUCUUUCACCAUGUUAAUAUUGGAUUACUCAGAAUCUACCCCCUUUAUUUGUACACCAGCAGUACGGAAUCUUUGGCAAUUAAUAAACGGUGGCUCAAAUGUCCCUAACGUUUGUUUUUUUGUUCAAA